CCGGAUGAGAGAGGCCGCACCUGAGAUGGCUGCCAAACUAGCACCGGAAACAGAAGAGGAGUCAUUUCCUCCCCGCCGUCUCUUCCUCUCGGCGCGCCAUUCGAGGCGAGUCGCGAAGACGUCAUCGCUGGGCGACAGCGAGGAGAAGACGUUGCCUCGUGUAGCGCCAUGGAGGAGGCUGAGGAGAAGCCUCCGGCCGCAGUAGCGGCUCCCCCGGCGCCCGCCCUGCCGCCCUGCGUGGAGCUGCCUUCCUUCGAGGCGGCCCGGGCGCUGACGGAGAACCGCUACUCGUGCCUGGUGGUGACUCCGCAGCGGAGGCACGUCGCCCUGCCGCCGCGCUUCCUGCACCGCAAGAGGACGGGCAUCCGCGCGCAGCUGGACGCCGAGCUGCGCCGCUUCUCGGAGAGGUAGCGAGAGGCUGCGGAGCUCCGGGGGGAGGGGGAGGCCGGAGGGACGCCCUGCGCAGCCUCCGCCGCUUCUUCACACGGCGCGUGGUCGGGGCUUGAAAGAGGAUGGGUGACGCAAACUCCCGGAGGAUAAAGGCUGUGUUCUGCGGAUCGAAAGCGGGGAGAGCCCCGUGGCAGCCAAGAACAUUAAGCGAAGCCUGCGCUGGAUCAGGCCAGUGGCCCCUCUAGUCCGGCAUUCUACCAGUUGCACGUGGGAAACCUGCACAAGGGCAUAUUUUUCCCCAGGGCAGAUCUACUACGAAACUAAUAAAGCUUAAGCUUCAGGGCCAUUGAUCCCAGGGGGGCUCCAAAAGUGAUUCAGUCCACAUUGGGUUGGUGUUUUUUUUAAGGGUCUAGUUAGCAGACGCAACUUGAGUCUGGCGGCUCAAACUGAUUAAUUUGUUGUUGUAUAUAGGACCUAGAUUUUGGGCUCCCCCAAACAUGAACUGUGACGAGGUCCCCUUCGAUUGCAUUCUUCCUUUUGUAUCCUAUAUGUGGCAGCUUCCACAUAAAUUGUAUCUCUAGAAGAUUUUACUACUUCCACUUGCUUGUUCAGGGUAAUACUAGGAAGAUGUACAGUGUUACCUCAGGUUACAUAUGCAUCAUGUUACAUACGCUUCAGGUUACAGACUCCGCUAACCCAGAAGUAGUACCUCGGGUUAAGAACUUUACCUCAGGAUGAGAACAGAAAUCGUGCUCCAGCGGCGCGGCAGCAGCGGGAGUCCCCAUUAGCUAAAGUGGUGCUUCAGGUUAAGAACAGUUUCAGGUUGAAAACGGACCUCUGGAACGAAUUAAGUACUUAAUUCGAGGUACCACUGUACUUGAACAAUCUUGGUUGCAGCUGACAUUGGAUAUAUUAUAGCCUUAAAACCAUUCAUAGUUCUUAGUUGCUCUCCUUGAUAUGUGUCAUUACCCAGUGGCUUCUUUUAUCUUGCAGCUUUCAAGGUGUUCCUGUGGCUUAUGAUGAUAUUAAAAUAACAAAGGAAGUGGGAGAUAUAAUUGAUGACAUUGGAGCUGUCCAUCUGGACAUUGAAGCAGAUUUUGUCGUGUUCCAGCCUAAAGAAGGGAAAAAACUUGUGGUAUGUAAAUAAAUGCUUCUUAUUUACCAUUGCUUUUAAUGCUUAAAACAGGACCUUUGUAUCAUCUUUCUGGUACAUGGUACAAGUAUUCUGUGGGAAAUCUUAACACAAAGUACUUGAGGUGACUUGUUAUAGUGCUCCAGGGUGUAAUUACAAUUUACAGCCUGAUUGUAUGCAGUAUUCUGUAUGUUGGUCCCUUGAAAUUAAUGGUUUUAGAUGUGCCUAAAUGCAAAACCUGUGGUCUUCUCUUUUUUUGUUGUAUAUGUGUGUGUGAGAGAGUGUGGUCUCUUUAAUUGCUAACUAGUAUUGCAGCAGUGCCAACAACUGCAGGUGCAUGGUUGUGUGUGAGUGAAUUAUUUGUAAACAAGAUAUUACAGUUGCUCUUGAAGCCUUUCACAAGCAUCAGAUGGACAUAGGGCUUCAGAAAUGUCACACAUCAAGCUCUUGGAUGCUUUAAUUAGAAGUUAGGUUCCUAAGACCUUGCCAGUUCAGCUGUUAUAGCAACAGUAUUUAAGGUAUCUGCAAUGUAUGUCAACUGAGCAGAUACAGGAUAAGGUUCUGAAAAUCCGAAAGGAUAACAGAGUUCUUAAAAAUAGCAAGAAUAUAUCUUUCUGUUUGUAUUUAAUUUUCUUAGUGUUUUAGCAUACACCAAAGUUGCAUACCCGCUUUUUGUAGCUGUAAUACAAGGAGCUUUUCUUCAAAUGUAUGCAGUGCUACUAAAGAUUGAGCCAUAUCCUGUGGUGAGCAUUAAACUUAACACAUAUACCCCAUCUGAAGUGUUCAAGUCAAUCAUUAUAAUGUGCAUUGGCAGACUAAAUCUUCUGUGCACACCUGUGACACUGAUCUCUGCUUUAAGAUAGUGAUGAUGUCUCUUAGUAUCUUAUUGUAUUGUCCAUAUUGAACAUAGAAGAGACUAGUAAGAGAAACAACUGCUUGCAUUUGUGAGAAAUUAGAGGCUACAUAGCAUACCUUUUUUAAUUUGUCUGUCUAUUUCCAGGGUACAAUCAAUAAAAUGGCACCCAGUCACAUAGGCUGUCUGGUACAUGGCUGUUUCAAUGCUUCCAUCCCCAAACCUGAUCACAUGUCAACUGAUGAAUGGAAAGACCUUGGCUUCCAAAUAGGCAACAGACUGAUAUUUAAAGUAUUGUGUUUUGAUUCAGAUGCUGCUGGAGUGUUCUGCAUCAAAGGAAAACUCUGUAGAAAGAGGUACAGUAAUGUGUCUUUUUGCAAAAUACUUCAGAAGAAUGUUUACUUCCAGCAUAUAAGGGGGCAAAGUCUUAGUUCUCAGAGUGAUCACAUGUCAAAUUUAGUUGGAGAACAGAUUUGGAUGAAAUAUCAGAAGUUGAAAGAUGUGAAGAUGAGGGUGGGAAAUAGUUUCUCUUCCACAAGUCUGUGUGUUGUUGGAGCUUCACCUAUAUUUAGACUCAAGAGUAAUGCCCAUCUUGUUAGCAAGGAUAAUACUGAAAGUUAAGGUUGUAAAGUAUACUCAGGUUUCGAUGAGCUCCACUGUACUUAAGUGCACUUUAAUUUUAGUGAGCUGGUGUGGGGGGAUUGACCUUUGCAUGAAAAGUAAGAAAAUGACAGACAGUAUGGGAAGGAAACCCAGUCAAACUGAAAAUAGAAUAGAAUAAGAAAUAGAAUAAACAGCUUUAAUUCUGAGGGCUAAUAAUGGUAGCUUUUCUUAUUCUCAUAUAUGAUAUGAUAUCCUUUGAAAGCUCAUCUACUGCCCCCCUUUCACUUUUUUUCCAAAGCAGCAUUGGAGAAGAGUUCAAGGAAAAGCACAAGGGAAAACAUGAAAAGCAGAAUGUGCAGAACGGCACAGAGGAGAUGGAGAUGGACAUAGCGACAGCUGGUGUUGAAGAGAUGAGAAACAACGACGGGGAUAAUGGAAUAUUUGAUAUGUCAGAACGGGGGAGUGGGCAACACAGAGCAGACCUGGGACUGCAUGCAAGUGACUCAAGUGGCUACCAUAGUGAUCACAGCAAAUCUAAGAAAAAGAAGAGAAAACUUGGCGAGGAAGAAGGUGGACUCCCUGGAUUAUUAAAUCCCAAAGCUAAAAAGAAGAAAAAGCAAUGAAAAAUAGUAUGGAUAAUACCAAGUGCCUUAACUUGAACCUAGAACUCUUCCAUCAGGUGUAGUUGGAGAAGGAAUGCUGUUGUAGAUUAUCUACACACACAGGAAAGAUGAAUAAAAUAAUAUGAAACGAUAUAAGAAAAGAACUUACAUUUUUAGCUGCCAAAGACUGUAUUUUAUGUAAUCCAUUACCAACAAACAAACUAAAAAUCCAGUCCUCCCUCUUAUUACUUAUCUUUUCUUCUGCCUUCUGGCACAGACAGGGAGGAAUGGGAGCUGAAAUCCAUCAAUAUCUAGAGGGUUGCUUCUUGAAUGCUGCAAGUAUGUAUGGAUUGUGUUUGAUCCGGUCAGCACUAAGACCCACAAAUACAAACACAUACUUUUAAUGAACAUAAAGACAAUGAACAAUAAUGGAACAGUGGUUCCAUUUUCACAUUAAGUCUUUUUCAGACUUGCCCCAAUUAGUCCUUGGGAAAGGUUUUCUCAACAAUUUGGGGAAUGUGCCCCAAUAAUUCUUCUGAACCAGGGGUUGAUAACUUCUCAGUUAAAAGUUUUCUUUUGCUGAGAGGCUGUUCUCCUGAGAUGCAGAUUGGAUUGCCGGGGGGGGGGGGGGGGAGAGACAAAAAUUGGUCAUUUGCCCUGUCUUCCCAAGUUGGGAAUAUUGUACUAUGUUUAGACUGAAGGCUGUCAGAAACCACCUUUGCCUUGACAUCCCCAGAGCAGUCAGUAUUCUUUCAAGUAUUAUGAAGAAUUUUGGGGAGUCAUGCUUUAUCCUUCUCAAAAUAAAAGAACUUAGGGAGAAAUUUCUGCUGAAGAUCCAUAACUUCUAUUUUAAUAGACUAAAUCUGGCAUUUAGUUACAUCUAGAAAUUGAAGUCUCUAAAACAUGUCUCUUAAUUAUUUGUGAUGAAUAACUAUUUUUAUAAAUUUACAAAGGUGAUGUAAUGCCUGGAGCCUUUUUGGUGUGAUUUGUUUUUGUUUACAGCUGGAGACCCGUCAUGGUAUCUGUUUUUCAGGGAAUAAAUGCAGUCAAAUAAACAGAAUAUUCUUUUUUAAAAUUCUUGUAGCAGUUGGGAUUGCAAGCUUAAAAUUGGGGCAAAUUUUAAAUAAAUUGUUUUUACAGAUAGGUGAAACUGACAGACAGCAGUUUUACUCAGCUAAUUGAAUUGGGGACAAGCUUGUUCUGUCUCUCAAGUUCUCCAUUCCUGUGGUCUGUAUUGAUUUGGUCUACUGCUGAUGCAAAGAACGAAGUGGCAGCAGCUAGCUGUGCUGAUGAGUCCUCCAACUAUAGAUAAUUUUGGGAGGGGUCCCCCCCCCGAAAGUGAGCUGGGGUUUGUUGGUACAAGGAGACUUAGAGAAGGCCUAUGUGAAAACUGCAAGAUGUCUGAGCAAAAAGUAGGCC